ACGCCCUACGCUAAUGAAGCUAACAUGGUGGACUCUGUUCUCUGCUGGAGGAAAGCUCCUCGGUGGGAUUUUGCGGAAGAUGCUGAAGAAACGGAAGCUGCUGCUUUCCGAGAGCCAGCCCGGCUUUGAAGAUGAGAACAUGGUCCCAGUACUAACGUCCAGAAAAGCUUCAGAACUCCCAGUUAAUGAAGUAGUGUGUGUCCUGCAGGCUGACCUGCAGCGGGGUCUAACCCAGGAGGAGGUGGACCACAGGAGAACGUACCACGGCUGGAACGAGUUCGACAUCAGUGAGGACGAGCCACUAUGGAAGAAGUACAUCUCCCAGUUCAAAGAUCCUCUCAUCCUGCUGCUGCUGGCGUCGGCCGUCAUCAGCGUCGCCAUGCACCAGUUCGAUGACGCCAUCAGCAUCACUGUGGCCAUCAUCAUCGUAGUGACGGUGGCCUUCGUUCAGGAGUAUCGCUCAGAGAAAUCUUUAGAGGAGCUCGGGAAGCUGGUUCCCCCAGAAUGUCACUGCAUCAGAGACGGACACCUGGAGCUCCUGCUGGCCCGGGAGCUGGUUCCUGGAGACACUGUCUGCCUGUCGGUGGGGGAGCGGGUCCCUGCAGACCUCCGUCUCUUCGAGGCCAGCGACCUCUCUGUGGACGAGUCCAGUUUGACGGGGGAGACCACCCCCAGUUCCAAAUCCACGUCCCACCAGCCAGCAGCCACCAAUGGAGACAUUGCAUCCCGCAACAACAUCGCCUUCAUGGGGACACUGGUCCGCUACGGGAAGGCCAAGGGCAUCGUCAUUGGAACUGGAGAGGACUCUGAGUUUGGAGAAAUUUUCAAGAUGAUGCAAGCUGAGGAGGCUCCUAAAACUCCUCUGCAGAAGAGCAUGGACCUGCUGGGGAAGCAGCUGUCUCUGUACUCGUUCUGCAUCAUAGGGGUCAUCAUGCUGGUGGGCUGGCUGCAGGGGAAGAGGAUCCUGGACAUGUUCACCAUCGGUGUCAGUCUGGCAGUAGCGGCCAUCCCUGAAGGCCUACCCAUCGUGGUGACGGUGACGCUGGCGCUUGGCGUGAUGCGGAUGGUGAAGAAGAGAGCCAUCGUCAAAAAGCUCCCCAUCGUGGAGACUCUGGGCUGCUGCAAUGUGAUCUGUUCAGACAAGACAGGAACUCUGACCAAGAACGAGAUGACCGCCACCCAGAUCUUCACCUCAGACGGACUCCACGCCGAGGUGACGGGCGUUGGCUACAACGGAGUGGGAGAGGUUCUGCUGGAGGGGGAGAUGGUCCACGGCUUCUCCUGCCCUUCUAUCAGUAAAAUUGUGGAGGUGGGUUGUGUGUGUAACGACUCGGUCAUCAGGAACCACAACCUGCUGGGACGGCCCACUGAGGGUGCGCUCAUCGCCCUCGCCAUGAAGAUGGGUCUGGAGAGCGUGCAGCAGGAGUACGUUCGUCUGGAGGAGCACCCGUUCUCCUCGGAGCAGAAGUGGAUGGCGGUCCGCUGCGUUCAUCGCACUCAGCAGGACAAGACGGGAGUGUACUUCGUGAAGGGGGCGUACGAGCAGGUGUUCCGGUUCUGCAGCUCCUACCACAGCCGAGGAGACGCUCUGCCUCUGAACCAGCAGCAGAGGGAGCUCUACCAGCAGCAGAUCAGCUACAUGGGCAGCUCCGGGCUCCGAGUGUUGGCGUUUGCUUCGGGGCCUCAGAUGGGGAACCUGACCUUCCUGGGUCUGGUGGGCAUCAUCGACCCCCCCAGGGAAGGCGUGAGGGAGGCCGUCGCCACGCUCAUCGGCUCCGGCGUGGCCAUCAAGAUGAUCACGGGAGACUCUCAGGAGACGGCCGUGUCCAUCGCCAGCCGGCUGGGUCUGUACUCCAAGGGAUGUCAGUGUCUGUCAGGAGAAGAAGUGGACCACCUGGACCUGCAGCAGCUGUCCAGCAUGGUCCCCAGGAUAUCCGUGUUUUAUCGAGCCAGCCCCAGACACAAGCUGAAGAUCGUCAAGUCGCUCCAGAACCUCGGCGCCGUGGUGGCCAUGACGGGGGACGGCGUGAACGACGCCGUGGCUCUGAAAGCAGCCGACAUCGGCGUGGCGAUGGGUCAGACGGGCACCGACGUCUGCAAGGAGGCGGCCGACAUGAUCCUGGUGGACGACGACUUCCAGACCAUCAUGUCGGCCAUCGAGGAAGGAAAAGGAAUUUACAACAACAUCAAAAACUUUGUGCGUUUCCAGCUGAGCACGAGCAUCGCGGCGCUGACGCUCAUCUCCCUGGCAACGCUGAUGAACUUCCCCAACCCCCUGAACGCCAUGCAGAUCCUGUGGAUCAACAUCAUCAUGGACGGGCCGCCCGCCCAGAGUUUGGGGGUGGAGCCUGUGGACCAGGACGUGAUCAGGAAGCCUCCUCGGAACGUGAAGGACAGCAUCAUCACCCGCAGUCUGAUCGUCAAAGUUCUGGUGUCCGCCUUCAUCAUCGUCUGCGGGACGCUCUUUGUCUUCUGGAGAGAGUUGCAGGACAACGUCAUCACUCCUCGAGACACCACCAUGACCUUCACCUGCUUCGUCUUCUUCGACAUGUUCAACGCUCUGAGCUCACGCUCUCAGACCCAGAUGGUCCAUGAGAUGGGUCUUUGCAGUAACAGGACCUUCUGUUACGCUGUCCUGGCGUCCAUCAUGGGACAGCUUCUCGUCAUCUACUUCCCUCCUCUGCAGAGCAUCUUCCAGACUGAGAGCCUCAGCGUCUUCGACCUGCUGUUCCUGGUGACCUUGACCUCCUCGGUGUGCUUCGUGUCAGAGAUCAUAAAGAAGGUGGAGCGGCUAAGGGGAGCAGAGAGACGCCCCCCCCCUGACUCCUCCCUCAAUGUAUGACCCCUCCCCCUCCAUCUGUCUUUUGUGAGGGGUUUGGAAGAAGAGGAUGAUGAAUGUUGGAGGAUCACACGUCUGACGGCACUGACUCAUUCAAACUACAAAAACUUAGUUUUUUCCUGAGAUCCUGAGCUGGGUCUGACUCUCUGGUCUGGGACUGGGGGGUCCUCCUGGGUUACUGGACUGGGUUUCUCAGCGAGCUCAACUUGCUGCUCUUUGAGGAUCAACUGAAACUUUCGAGACAGAUUUCUACUUGGGUUUUUUAAUGUGGGACAGAGUUCAGUUUCCUCUGUGGGUUUUACUG